AUGACCCUCCAUCACCGAGCAGUAGACGAUUCUGUAAUACCAUCCCCACUUCCCCAAUCGGUUGGAUAUGGAGUUGUUGUGGCUUUGGGCCUCUUGUUUGCAUUUGGCAUGAUGGGUGUAACGGCUAUCUUGAAAAAGACUCUACGCGAAGACAACUCCAAGGCUGAAACACCGAAGUGUGAGAACAGGUCUCGUCGCAUCAGCGGUGGUUUCGGUCAGUUCCUCUACAGCGCUGCAACCCUAACAUCAUGGCUCUGGAGCACAGCCCUUUUGAGUUGUGUGCUUGUAACUUAUAGCUAUGGCAUAAGCGGUGCCUUUUGGUACGGUGGAGGUUGUUCGACGGUGAUCGUGUUCUUCGGCUAUCUUGGAGUUGUUUGCAAGAGUCGAAUCCCAGAGGCACACACAGUUCUGGAGGUUAUUCGUAUUCGAUACGGUACCGUUGCGCACCUGAGUUUUACUUUCCUCGCCAUCGUGAACAACCUUCUCAACACCAUCAACAUGAUACUUGGCGCUUCUGCUGCUAUAUCGUUUCUCACGGGAAUUCACAUCAUGGCGUCAACAUUUCUACUGCCUCUUGGAGUUGUCCUUUACACCCUUGUGGGUGGUAUCAAAGCCACAUUUCUCACCGAUUACAUCCAUACUUUCAUCAUUCUCAUCUUAUGUUGCUGGCUCACAGCUAAAGUCAUCACAUGCGAAGCUAUCGGGUCCAUUGGGAGGCUGUAUGACAUGGUCGUUGCAGCUGAAGAGCAGCAUUUUGUGGAAGGAAACUACAGAGGCUCUCUUCUCACACUGACUUCGCAACAGGGUAUCUUUUUCGCCAUAAUCCUCCUGGUUUCUAAUUUUGGAGCUGUUAUUAUGGACACAGGAUACUUCCUGAAGGCUUUCGCAGCUUCUCCAAAAGCCGUAGUUCCCGGUUAUGUUCUUGGGGGGAUAUCUUAUUUCAGCAUACCGUGGUGUUUGGGAACUGUUGUUGGAAUGGCGUCACUGGGACUCGAAGCCUUGCCCGUCUUCCCAACGUAUCCAAGACCUAUGACGACCUCUGAGGUUACGAACGGACUAGCUUUGCCAUAUGUGGCCGUCGCUGUGGCAGGUAAAGGUGGCGCAGUUGCUGUACUCUUGAUGACUUUCAUGGCUGUGACAUCCACACUCUCCGCCCAAAUCCUUGCUGUAUCCUCCAUCUUAACCUUCGACAUUUACCGAGUAUACUUCAACAAAAAAGCAGGAAACAAGGAGGUAAUUCGCUGGGGUCACCUCGGAGUUGUUCUGUUUGGCGUGGUAUCUGCCGGGUUCACUGCAAUGUUUCACUACAUUGGGGUUGAUAUGGGUUGGACUCUGUACAUGCUUGGCGUGCUCACAUGUCCUGGUGUAAUUCCAAUGAUAUUCACAAUCACUUGGCGCAAACAAAGUACAGUAGCUAUAGUUACUUCGGCCUUCCUAGGCAUGGCCACAGGUCUUGGGGUCUGGCUUGGUUCCGCCUAUGCCUUUUCCGGAGAGGUGUCAAUCUCAUCAACCGGAGGCACGCUCGCUUGCAUGUACGGCACGGUAGCAUCGCUUUUCAGCCCGAUGGUGUACAGCAUAUGUAUUUCACUCAUCAAGCCAGACAGCUACGACUGGGAUGACUUCAAGGAAGAGACGCUGGCCAUUAACUCCGAAGACAGCCCCAUACAGGAUAUCACGACUCAGCAGAGAAAAUCUCCAGAAAGCACGAGCAUUCCGAUCUCUGACAGCAGGGUUCAUAAACGAUGGGCUAGAUAUGCCUUGUGGUGGGCGAUUAUUACAUUUCUUGGUCACUGGGUGUUGUGGCCCUUGCCAAUGUACGCCGCGAAAUACAUUUUCGGUAAAGAGGUGCGUAUUGGGUACUUGUGA